CUGAUGACUGAAUACUGAUCAUUGUUGUUUUAAUGUUUUUGUGAUAACAGGAAAAUAUUAUCUAGAAAUUGUGUAAUUUAAUUAAUGUUUUUUUGAGUUGUAAUAACUGUAAAAGUAAUAGUGGAGGAAAGCAAAUAUUAUUUUUCUGUAACGAGUGCAGUGGAGCCGAUGGUUUUAUUGUAAAUUUGAUGCCGUUUUAUUGUUAUUCAGUUAUUUACACAAAGUUUCAACUAUCAUAAACUAUUGUUAUCUCACUAAUUAGCAUGAUUGUAAAUCAGGCAUAAAAUAAAUCUGGUGAUUAUUGUUAUAAAUUCUUGUUCAUUGAUAAAUAAUAAUAAGGCCCAGCUAUGAGUGAGAGACCACAGCCACUGAAGGCCAUCAAUAGGCUGUUUGAUGGGAAAGAACCAUGGCAAAUUGUAACAAUGACAGCAUCUUCAGUUUUGGCGCUUGUAUGGGCUCACAGUAUUUACAAUGCUAAAGAAGGACCCACCACGAGGUUGCGCAAGGAAUUCUUCAGAUGGCUCAGACGUGUGCCCAUUGUCAGGCGCAAAAUCGAGGAGAAGAUGUUGGAGAUACAGAGGGACUUCAAGAAUGAUGUCUCGAAACGUCUGGCUGGCGUCAACAUAAAUAGAGAGCUACCCGAGCAUGGGCUGUCUUCAGAUCGAGUCAUUGAGGAGAUAAGGGACCAUUUGAGUUUAGGCACGUGCGACUGGAAGAGCGGCAACGUUUCGGGCGCGGUGUACCAUACGUGCGAGGACAUCAGCCGCGUUGCGUGCGACGCGUACGCACUUACUGCGUACACCAACCCGCUGCAUGCGGACGUGUUCCCGGGCAUCAACAAGAUGGAGGCGGAGAUCGUGCGCAUGGCCAUCAACCUGUUCCACGGAGACGACGAAUGCUGCGGCACGGUGACAACGGGCGGUACAGAGUCGAUCAUGAUGGCCUGCAAGGCGUUCCGAGACCUGGCUUACGAGCGCGGCGUCAGCAACCCUCAGAUGGUUGUGGCCACCACGGUUCACACCGCCUUCGACAAGGCGGCGCAAUACCUGGGCAUCUCCGUGAGGACCGUGCCCGUGUCUCCGGAUACCUUGAUGAUGGACAUCGAUGCUGUCAAGAAGGCGAUUAGCAGAAGAACCUGUAUGAUCGUUGGCUCAGCCCCCAACUACCCGUAUGGCACGAUGGACGAUAUAAAGGCCCUGUCAGACAUAGCGCUAGAGUACGAGGUGCCGCUACACGUUGACGCAUGUCUCGGCGGCUUCAUAGCAGCCUUUAUGCCUCGCGCGGGCUAUCCCAUACCUGUGUUCGACUUUAGGCUGCCUGGAGUUGCCAGCAUAUCUGCGGAUACGCAUAAGUACGGAUUCGCACCGAAAGGCACGUCGGUGAUCCUGUACCGUCGGCCCGAGUACCGCCACUGCCAGUACACCGUGUCCACUGAGUGGCCCGGGGGCGUCUACGGGUCCCCUACAGUCAACGGAAGUCGCGCCGGCGGGCUUAUAGCAGCCUGUUGGGCCACCAUGAUGUUCAUCGGUACGGAGCGCUACGUACAGAUGUGUGGCGAGAUACUGGCCACCACCACCUAUAUAUACGACCAACUCAGCAAAAUUGACGGGAUCUUCAUAUUCGGCAAGCCGGCGACAACAGUGGUGGCAUUUGGCUCCAAACAGUUCGACAUAUUCAAGAUGGCGGAACUGUUGCACAAGAAGGGGUGGAGUCUGAACGCGUUGCAGUUUCCCUCGGGGAUCCACAUCUGCGUGACUCACGCACACACGGCGGCCGGCGUCAAGGAGCGGUUCGUGUCGGACGUGAGCGCCGUGGCUCGCGAGUGCCUGCAAGCCGGCGGGGGACCUGUCGAGGGAAAGAUGGCAAUAUACGGCGUCGCCCAAAGCAUAUCGGACAGAAGUCUUGUGUCCGACAUUACGAAGCACUUCAUAGACUCCACAUACUAUCUGCCCAAACAACAGGACCUAGAAAUGAACGGCAAAUAGAUUUCUCUAUAUAAUAUUUUUUCUAUUACUAAGGGCUAGUUUUUGUAGGUAGAAAAAUAAAAUUAUGAUAUAUAAAGGUCAUACCUCAUUAGAGCCACCUAGCAACGGUCCCGUCCGCGAGGCCGCUUCGCCUCGUGCCAAUAGUAAGUAGUAGUAACAGGCGUCUGUCACGGCGCUUUUUAGGAACGAACAUAUACAUACUGGCGCGGGGAUCCUCGAGGCCAUCGGUUGUCAAUAGCUUACAACAAGGGGCGUGCCGCUUUUAUUCAAACCAUUUAGAAGCAUAAAAAUAAUUAUAUUGAACAAACGUAAAUAUUACACCUAAUAAUGAAAAUAUUAAAAAUAGCACGUUGUAAAAUAGCUUUGGCCCUUUGAGGUCGCUUACAGCCACCAUAGCUAAUUGUCGUAAAUAUGUCCUGUUGUCUUUUUCGCACGCCACAGCUCUGAAUUAAAUACCCAAGUAACAACCCUGAAUAAUUACGAAUAAGUCGUGGUUUGUGUAUAAUAAAUACAUUGAAAACUAGUUAACGCGUUUUAGCUGCGAACAGAUCAUGAUUUAAAAUUAAUGACCUUUAAGCAAAUGAAUUUUAUGUACACUCCCCUUUACUCUGUACGGGCGAUAUCGCGGUACUACGGUACGGGUGGCGGGUGGCUUUAAUGAGCUCUGACCUUAAAGAUAACUUAUGAUAACGGGCAUUUUAUCAACCCUUUUCUAGGUUUUUAUUUUUGCCAUUUUUGACGUAGAAUAUGUUACGCGCUCAUGAUAUUGAUGCGACUAAUGAGCCAACAUUUACAGUGUCAAAGUUUUCUACAAGUUUAUAGCUUUUUAUCUUUCAUUUUAAAAUGUAAACUUUUUACACGCUUUUUAUUAGCUUCACCUGUAUGUUUGUUUGUUUGUAACCGACUCGUUUGGGCGCGAUUUUGACUCACUUUAAUCGGCCAGACUUUGUUAAAUUUGUUAAUCGUAGAUUUAUCGAAAACCGAUGACAAUAUAUUAAUUUGAUAAAAUUAGUCCAUUUCUCAAUUUGCAAAAUUAGAUUUUUUUUUUAAUAGAUAUAAUUUUCAUCCAUAAUCUUAAAGGCAGGAAUUGGCGUUAUUUUUAAAUUUCAAAAUAAAACAAAUAGGUUUUCUAUAAAAAGCGUGCUUUUUUAAUUUUUUUUUACUACUAUUUAUUAGACUAUGUGACUGUUGCAAGCGUUUACUUCCCGUUAGCAACAUGGUGUAGAAAGGUAAUAAUAAUAGCACUUAAGACGUUUGUUAGGCUAAGUAGAUAAUUAAUUUUCUUUAAAUGAAUAUGAUAUGGUGCUAUGGUCGCAUUUAAUAAUAUUUUAUUAUAAUAUUGUACACUGUCUUAAAUCAAAUAGAGACUUUGUUUCUUAAACCAAAUAAAUUAAUGGCAAUACAAGAGACUUCCUUUGAUGCACCUUAAGCGUUACAAUCUCGCAAACUUUCUUUCACUCUACCAAAAUAUUUAACAGGUUAAUCUAAUUAACUACUUAAGGUAUUAAAUUAGCUUAAAUCUUAUGCUUCAUAAUGUUGGUUAUAAAUUAAAUUUGUAAUUGUAACAUUUGUGAACGAUGCGGGACUCGAAUGCGCCACCUCUCGGGUUCCGGGUUCUGUUGGUUAUAAAUUUAAUUUGUAUAAUUAAUCCCAAAAGUGAGGAGUUUCAGUUUAAUAUAACAACUUGUGUAACUACAUGUUCUUUCACUUCUUAUUCUUUUUCUUACAUAAGGUAUAAUUCUGCGGUGUUUCUAUUGAAAAUAUUAAUUUCAUAACCCGCGAGGUGCUACACAAGCUGCACGAUAUACCACAAGAAAGGUAAUUUAACAGACUAUAAAAGUAAGAAUAUUUAAUUUUAAAACUUUAUCUGUGUAAAUACGACAAACCGUCAAAAUGCGGUCAGCCAUUUAGCCCUACUUUAAACGAAAUUUGUUUAAAUUACGCAGUAUCUAUUGUUUAUGUAAUCUAACAAAGCGCUAGUUUAAUAACAAACGCGUUGACGUUCGUUUUUAUAAACAAGCCGAAACACUUCAAAAGCAAUAAAUUUUAUUGUAACACGAGCCCGUUGAAAUUGGCGUCGGUAAUGCGCGGCUUAAGACGGGAAUGUACGCCACACGCUUUGUGGCAGCUUAGCCAGUGACGGGAUAAUUGAUAUUUCAUAAAACCAGACCUGUCAAAUUUACCUACUAAUAAAAAUUACAAAAUAUAAAAAAAAUAACAUUUUAUGAAUUAUGUAACGAAAUAAAAACUAUGCUUAAAGCAUUUUGUACGAUGUGAUACGACGUAAAGAUGUGAUAAUUUUAAUCCAUAUUUCUGUUUAAUUUUGUAAAGGAUUUAAUAUAUAUGUACUCUUGCAUGAUAUUUAUUAUAUCAAAAUAUUACAUAAACAUAUUUUGUUUGUAAUACGGUUUUAAAAAAGUAUUUUAAAUAAAUAAAACAGAAUUUAAA